CAAUCGACACCGCCGCCGACGAAGAUAAUGAUGGAUAGGUGGAUGAGAGGGAACUCCAUAAGUACGCCACAUGCGGCCAUGGUGCACUGAACUUGAUUACCGCAUCAAUAUAAAAGCCCCAUCCAUAUCAGCCGGCCCACACAGUAUUGAAAGCGAACGCGCGCCAUUCGGUGGUCGGAGUGGACAAACUAAAGGAUUAAUUAAAGGACCUUAUUAACCAGCAUCAACAGGAACAUUAACAACAUCUACAUCAACAAAAUGACUACAAUGUCAUCAAGGAGUCCCUCGAUGGCUGGUAAAGUCCUUGCCAUAAUGCUCCUGCUGUUAGCGACGGGAAUUCAGGCGCGGCGCCUGGGCCACCGGCGCCUCAUCAUCCACGUGCCGGUCAAGGUGAAGACGCACCAUCACACCCACACCGUUUACAAGGUGCUCCACGGAUCGCAUGGCGGCGGUGGAGGAGGUGGUGUGAAGCAAACGGUGUACAAAGUGCUUGGCUUCUCCACACACGGAGGUGGCAUAGCCAAGGGAGGAGGAGGAAGUGGAGCCGGAGGAGGAGGUGGCCAUGGAGGAAUCAGCGGCCACGGGAGCUACGAUUUGGGCGGAAUGGGCCAUGGCGAAAUCACGUACGAGGACAUGCACGGAUGCGAGAGCGGCAAGGUAAUACCGGCGGCCAGGGACAUGAUUUUUAAUCACUACUCGCGACAUGGCGAGGAAGGUGGCACUGCCGAGGAUUAUGCCGAGGAGUUAGACGACUUUGUAGACCUAAGGGAUGGCUGGUUGUGAAUAAAGAGACGUGUGCAAAAUCCCCACCGAUUAAUUAUAAAAUUCCAGGCAACAGUGAUCCCCUCUCCACAUUUACACUACGCAAUUGUUGACGAAGCCCAAGUCUCGACACCGCCAAAUUCCUAUAGCUCGGAAUUUGUGUCUUUGUUUUUGGCUACCAAUUCGCAUUUGUAUUGUUUAAUUAGAAAGCAGUGGGCUGGGCGCAAAAAGAGGGUGCGAUUUGGUGGGGUCCAGAGGAAAAGACUUGAACAUCUUGGCUGCAGUCGCGCACUUGAGGAAAACUUGAAGUAUUUACAUAGCUCUCGACUCGGGCAUGCGGCAUAUUUUAGUGGACAAUUAAAAGAAACGAGAAGCGGCUGAAUGAAGUAAAUGGAAAUACUCAUAGAUUCGAAUAAAAUGGCCAGACAAGUUUAGCUUCUUUAUUAAAUUGCCAAUUUAAAUGCUGGGAAAUCAUUGACUUUAAAAAGCCACAAAUUUAAUUAUGACUUUGACUAAUCAUCAGAGCUUAAGAAGUAUUUUAAAAUCAUUUAUAUUAUUCAAGAUUUUGUAAGGACCUGAUAUUCGUAACAAUUCAGGUCUUCUAUUUGCACUUUGUCUUAAUCACCUUUCGAAUAUCCAAUUUGGCAUAACUUCUAAUCCGCCUUUUCCAAACACCUAUUGAUCAAUCAAUUUAAUCGCUGCCAGAGAAACAGCUAUGAACUGGAGCAUCAGAUUGGCAUCAGUUCGCUAGAGCCUGACACAAGGCAGAUUGAUCACUGGCCUCCCAUUCUGCUUUCCGACAGAUGGCUCCAAUAAAGAUAAACCCAGUGCAGAUUCUCCAUUCAGAUGCGAGGCCAGGUAAACACAGGUGCCGCCGUUCGUUGAGCGCAGAAUAAUUUGCGUGUAAUUGAAGGCGACAGCGCGUCACAGGUCGGGAUGAUAAAUGCGUCUGACCGUUCCACGAGGAAAACCCGAUCCCAGUCUAUAAAGACACUCGACGGGUGGCCGCCGUUCGGUGGUCGGUGGUCACUGGUCGUUGCUCACUGGUCGCACUUUCGGAUGGCGCCAACUGCUCAGUCCGAAUGGAUGGGGCCUAUUUAAAGGCAUUUAGCUGGUAAUGACAUUUAAGGCCAGCGAUAUAAAUCGCACCACCGCCGCACUGGCAACAUUGUUGCCGCGAAACGAAUUAAAGCCCCUCACGCAACAGAUGAAGUUGUUGGGCCUGAGCCACAUCUAAUCCACUGGACACGUGGUAAAGGCUCGAAAUCAACUGAGCGGAUUAAACAUUGAGCUCACUG